GGCGCCCGUCGACCGCUCCCCCGUCUGUCCUUGACGCCCUGCGGGUUUCGCCCCAGAUUUUACCCCCGUCGAUUCUCAAUGACUGGUAAUGGCGUUCAACUUCAACUGGUCGCCGCUCAUGGCGGACGCGAGUUUCUACACUCGCGCCCAGGAUCUCUUAACCGCCGCCCUGAAUAAAUCGCCCAAACCCCCCAUCAUCGUCGACGACAUCAUCGUCACCGAACUGAAUCUCGGCUCCAUGCCGCCCGACCUGGAAAUCCUGGAAAUCGGUGACCUGGCCGAGGAUCGCUUUCGAGGCAUCUUCAAGAUGUCCUACACCGGCGACGCGUUUCUGACCCUGAAAACCCGGGUUCAGGCGAACCCGCUCAACACCUAUCUCUUCACAAGGCCGUCUUUUGCGUCGCCGUUGCCGUUGGCCGCAGCGACUCCUUUGACGAUCCCUCUCCAAAUCACCCUCUCCGACUUCAAACUCUCCGGUUUCGUUAUCCUAGUCUUCUCCAAGCAAAAAGGAAUCACCGUCGUUUUUCGCAACGACCCCCUCGAAUCGCUCAAGGUUUCGUCGACAUUCGACUCCAUCCCCUUUGUGCGUGACUUUCUGCAAAAAGAAAUCGAGGGUCAGCUGCGCAUCCUGUUCAUGGACGAGCUACCCGCCAUCAUACAUCGACUAUCCCUUCGCUUAUGGGUCCCCGAAUACCGCAUGGGGGAGGAAGCGCAAAACCGCGCCGACGACAACGCCGCUACCGAAGGCCCGGGUCAAGAUCCGCUGGCCAGCCCUCCUCAGGAUCCCGUCGAUGCUCAAGGAAAUGCCUUGAAUGACUCGGAUAUUGCCUCCCUUUCGCUCGAUUCGUCCGUCGAGACCCAUUCCUUGUUCUCGCAGAAGAACCUCCUGCGACUGGCUACUCUCACGGACUCGCAACGCACGUUAUCGCUCUUUACCCCCUCGAUCCAAGAAGUGGUGUACCGCGCAUGGACAUCGCCAUCCGACCAGGGUGACGGAAAUGGAAGCGUGGUGUCUCCAUUGAGCCCCGUCCUCUCGCGCACCCAGUCCCACGUUGGCAGCAUGUCUUCCUUCCAAGACAAUGCUAGCAUGGUAUCAGCACAUAGUCGGUCUUCUGCCUCGACCCACGCCUUCAGCAGUUACGGUCUGAGCCUCGGAGCCGGUCGCCAUUCGAAGGCCCACUCUAGGAAGCGCAAGAAGCGCGUCGUGGAUUUGCGCCGGCCCAAGGUUUCGGACGAAUCGGCAAGUGUUAGCGAUGAAAGCGCUUUUACCGAAACCACCAGCGCGCCGUCCGUGUGCUCGGCUCCGCUCCCCGUUGUCAGCGAACAGCCUGACGACCCGGUAACGCCUCCCUUGUCUCCGGACAGCGAUCUUCAACUUCCGACGAUCCCCGAGCGUCAUCGCACCAGCCUUUCCCGCCCUGCGCCUCGUCGCAAUAUUGCAGCAGAGAUGCUGCGCGAGCCUGGAGAGUCUUCUUCAGCGCCCACGAGACAUGGAGAUGUUGACGCAACUCCUCGAGCUACCGUGCGUCCUCACGGUGCUUCUCGACGCAACAGCCAGAAGCAAGAGACUGAAACAUCUCGGCAAUUGCCCUCUACCAUUCUUCCCUUUACUGAAGAAAAGCCUGGGACUGGUGCCGUCGACCAAGCCUUGGUGGAAAGGCUGGCGGGAGAAAUUGCCCGUCGCAUGCGAGACGAAAAGUUGAUGCCCAACAGCUCUUGCAGUCCCUUCUGGGGUCGUGCCAACCAUGAGGACUCUCCUCCGCCGGCCUACGGCCAGUGAAACUCCCACGAUGAAGAACCUACCGGUUCUUAGCCACUCCUUAUCUUUCUUAUCUUUCUUCGUUCUUUACUCCAGCGAGUCUGGGCUCUUUUCUUACUAAUGACCGAUACGACCUCGAUUUUAAUCCUUGCACCCCUGUGAUUCUUGUUUUCGACCUUCGAUCUUUCGACCAAAUUGUGACUUUCAGCGAGACUAGAUACUGUACAUUGUUUUUCUUUUUUCUUCCGGUGUAUCCUAAAAAAUCUGCUGGCGUUGUUUGUGUUUUUGUGCGGAUACCACUUCGCUCGUUUUUUUUGUGUGAUAUAUUUGGGACUUGGGUGGUAUCCAGGAAUAGGCUUUAGUGAACAUAUAACUAAUCGUUCUUUAUCAUUGUGA